AUGCCACCUCGAAGGGCACAUACCAAGUCACGCAACGGAUGUGAUCAAUGUAAGAGGCGACGCGUUAAGUGCGAUGAAAAGGGUCCACCCUGCACAAAUUGCGUCUCUCGAGAGCUGCCAUGCUCCUAUAUGCGAGUUCCUACAUCCCGUUUCAACACUACUCCAUCGUCUGCAAGUCCUGCGCCGGUGCAACUAUUAUCCCACGUGACUCAAUUACCUGAUGCAGGUAGUCGUGCAUCCCCUAUCACUGGCACAAUAAGCCCACCGACUCUGUCGCGUCUGCGCGAGCUGGAAUUAAUGCACAAAUACUCCACCGAAACCUAUCAGAGUCUCAGCAAUGAACCCGCCGAUUACCAUGUAUGGCAGAUGAUUCUGCCUCGCAAAGCCCUGAAAUUCGACUUCCUGAUGAACGGGCUGCUGGCGAUCGCGUCCCUGCAUAUGGCAUCUUCAUUACAACCUCCUGAGGCCCUGUCAUAUAUCGACAUGGCCCUGGAAUAUCACAACCGGGCUUCGGCCCCGUAUCGCCUCGCCAUCAAUAACAUCACCCCGGACAACUGCGACGCCCUAUUCGCUCAUGCCAUAAUCACUACCAUCAUUGGAAUCUCCCUUCCCCGACUCACCGCCGACCGCGACGCAAGCUCCACCAUGACGGAGAACAUAUUCGUGGUCUUCGAACUACUCCAAGGAGUCAGCAAAAUCCUCAAGAUUAGCCGUCCCUGGCUGAAAACAAAUUACUUCACCUCCCGACACGGAUUCUUCAACGUCCCGUUUGGCACGCUGGAUCCCGACGCAGAGGCCUCGUUUGAACAAUUGACAGUUCUGAAUGAUACACUGCUCGCCGGUACAGACACAGAACAACACGGUAUCAUGAAAGAGGCCAUUAACCAUCUUUAUCGAUGCUUCCGUAGAUUUGCCCAUUCGCAAGAUGCAGCAUCUGUUCUCUCGUGGCUGACCACCACGGAUAAACAGUUUGUUCAUGCUCUGAGAUGUCGACAGCCUAUCUCCUUCUUGGUCCUAUUGCACUGGGCUGUUCUCUUGCACGGAAUAGACGGUAUGAUGUGGUGGGCGAAGAAUUCGGGUGUCGCGUUGGGAUCUGAGUUAUUGAGUGCUUUGCUCCCGGGUGAUGCGCGGUUCGAACGAGCUUGGCGAUGGCCGAAAAAGAGUCUAGAUCUUUAA